ACUUGUGUGGCUGGAUAAUAGAAUAUAGCAGCCAUGCCGGGUAAAGAUCCUAAUAAGCUGAAGGGAAAGACUUCUUCCUAUGCGUCCUUUGUUGCGACGUGCAGGGCGGAACACAAGAAAAAACACCCAGGAACUUCAGUGAAGUUUUCCGAGUUCUCAAAGAAAUGCUCAGAGAGGUGGAGGACCAUGUCUGCAAAAGAGAAGGGGAAGUUUGAGGACAUGGCCAAGGGUGACAAAGUCCGUUAUGACAAGGACAUGAAGGGUUAUGUGCCCCCUAAGGGAUCUAAGGCAGCAGGAAAGAGAAAGAAGGGCCCCAAUGCCCCCAAAAGGCCACCUUCUACAUUUUUUGUGUUCUGUGCUGAACACCGUGGAAGAAUCAAGGCUAAUAACCCAGGCAUGGGCAUUGGCGACAUUGCCAAGCAGCUGGGUCUGCUGUGGGGCAAGCAGACUCCCAAAGACAAGCAGCCACACGAAGCAAAGGCCGCCAAGCUGAAGGAAAAGUAUGAGAAGGAUGUUGCUGCCUACAAGGCUAAGGGAGGCGCAGGUGGAACUGCUUAGAGUGGCCCUGGCUGGCCAGCUGUUGGCAAGAAGGCAGCGCCCAUGGAUGAUGAUGACGAUGAUGAUGA